UUUCUGGACUCUUUACUUUCUUCAACUUACUUUAUUAUCUGUGCGCAAAGUGUACAUCAAAGACUCUAUCUCUCCCUCUCUCCAAUCUCUUCGCAAGCCUUUUGAGUUCUGAGGACCUGAGAGCUAAAGAUUAUGGAGGAAAGCCAAGAACUUGCUUUGACCCAGUUGAGAAAAUCGGUCGAGAAACUCUCUUCUUCCACAGAGGGAUAUGAAGUGCCGACAUUGAUGAGGUUCUUGGUUGCAAGGUCAAUGAAUCCAGACAAGGCAGCAAAGAUGUUUGUGGAUUGGCAAAAAUGGAGAGCCUCCAUGGUCCCUCCAAAUGGGAUCCCAGACUCAGAAGUGAAGGAUGAAUUGGAAUUCAAAAGGAUCUAUCUUCAGGGUCUUACCAAAUCUGGACAACCUUUGGUAAUUUGUCAGGUCUCCAAGCAUUUCCCUGCCAAGGAUCCAGUUACCUUCAAGAAGUUUGUUGUUCAUGUGCUAGACAAAACAAUAGCAAGUGGCAUCAAAGGCAAAGAAGUAGGAGAUGAGAAGUUAGUAGCCGUUAUUGAUCUGUCAAACAUUACAUACAAGAAUCUUGAUGCUCGUGGAUUUAUCACCGGCUUUCAAUUCUUACAAUCUUACUACCCCGAACGCCUUGCAAAAUGCUACAUCUUGCAUAUGCCUGGAUUCUUCUUGACCGUUUGGAGAUUCAUCUGCCGUUUUCUAGAGAAAGCUACUCAGGAAAAAAUUGUGAUAGUAACGGACGAAGAAGAAGAGAGAAAGUUCAAGGAAGAGAUCGGAGUAGAUGCCUUGCCGGAAGAAUAUGGUGGCCAAGCUAAGCUCACACUAAUCCAAGAUGUUCUUCCUCAGACGUCUACAUAAAUGUUAAGAACAAACAAUAAUAAAUUAAUAAUGUUUGACUACUGUGACACUAAACACUGCAUUAAUCCUUAUUAUUAA